AUGGCGGGGGGAAGGAAACCCCCACCCCUAACUCACAUUGUGAUCGACGCGGAAACGUCAGUUUUCUCCCCCCUUCACGUGACGAAGGAACAUCAUUGCUUAAGAAUAAAGAUCCUUGGCGAUUGCUACUACUGCGUGUCUGGACUGCCUGAGCCUCGACAGGAUCAUGCUCACUGCUGUGUCGAAAUGGGACUAAGCAUGAUCAAAACAAUCAGAUAUGUAAGGUCACGCACAAAGCAUGACAUUGACAUGAGGAUUGGGAUCCACUCUGGCUCUGUGCUGUGCGGGGUGCUCGGUCUGCGGAAAUGGCAGUUUGAUGUCUGGUCCUGGGAUGUAGACAUUGCAAAUAAACUUGAAUCAGGUGGAAUACCAGGGAGAAUUCAUAUCUCAAAAGCUGCCCUGGAUUGUCUAAAUGGGGACUAUGAAGUGGAAGAAGGACAUGGCAAGGAAAGGAAUGAAUUCUUAAGGAAACACAAUAUUGAGACAUAUCUAAUAAAGCAGCCUGAAGAGAGUCUUCUGACCUUACCAGAAGACAUUAUGAAGGAGUCAAUUAGCUCUUCAGACAGACGAAACAGCAGUACCACCUUUACUGAAGGAUCUUGGAGCCCUGAACUUCCUUUUGAUAACAUUGUGGGAAAGCAGAAU